ACUUAUUAUAAACCAUAUUCUCUCUUCACCUGAACGAGAAACUCAGAAUCUAUAAAGCCUAUUAUUAGUGUUUGUAUUGGUAUUGCUAAAGGGAACAGAAAAGAGUGAUUUAUAAGCGAUCGUCCAUGCAAAUAUGUCAAGGAAUAAUAAUACACAACAAGUUCAUCCUCAAAACGACGUCGAAACAGCCUCGAUGGAGGAGGAGUCCAAUUCUAAGGAGUUGCACCACAAGAGAAGUAUGAGACAAUUAUGCUGCGUCACAGUAAUCGUAUUGCUCCUGACGAUAGUGGUUUUGGUGUUUACGACCACAAUCUUCCAUGUCCAUAGUGCCAAGUUUCGAAUUCGAUCAAUCACCAUUGAUCAGCUCAGUGUGAUCAGUAGCUCAAACGCCAUUGAUAUGAAAUUCGAAGCUGAAAUAGGCAUAAAGAACACCAACUUCGCCGAUUUUGAAUUCGAAAAGACCUCAGUUGGCUUCUUCUACAGGGGAACUCGUGUUGCACUGGUCGAUGGUGACGCAAUGGUUGAGGAAGGGAAAGUCAAAGCUCGGUCAACUAAGAAGGUUCAAAUAACAGCUGAGAUGGGGACCGCAAAUUCGAUUUUGGUUGAUGAUAUAAAAUCUGGAGCUUUGACUUUGACUGGUAAUGGCAAGCUGAGUGGGACAGUUCACCUGAUGAAAUUGAUCAAGAGGAAAAGAUCUUUUGAGAUGAAUUGCACCAUCAAUAUUAAUUUGAAUAAAAAAGUCGUCCAAGAUAUAAAUUGCAAAUAGAAACUAUAUAUGAAUAUACAUAUUAUUCAUAGUUUUUUCUGUUUGACUGAUUAGUGAAUUAUUUUUUGAUGGUUUCUGCAAUGGUGCUUGUGUUCGUCGUUGAACAAAUAUAGAAAUUUUAUGUGUUUUCUUUAUUAUUAUAUAUUCCAUCGGGUGUAAUUUUAAUGUAUUUUUCUUGAAUGGAAGUGUGAUUUUUAAGUAUUAUUGAUUCAAAUAAUAAAAGCAUCUCAACUAUUCAUGUCUA